AUGGAACCGCACAUUGCUGUGCUUGUGUUGGAUACUCCCUUUGGCUCUGUUGCGGAAGAGUUUGGGGAUUUCGGCGAUAACGCCAAGGAUCUCCUUAAGGAUUCCAAACUUCCGCUCGUGAAGUAUUAUAUCGCUUAUGACCUUGAUAAGCCAGAGCAGCAGGAUGUCACUGACCUGACUUUGGAAAAUCUCAGAGAGUAUGUUGACUCUGGGGUGGUCAAGGGUAUCGUUUUGACAGGUUCGAGAUCUGAUGCCUUUGAUAACGAGAAUCCUUGGAUCCAGCUGACCGACAAAUUCCUCAAGUUCCUUAUUGCCAACAAGCCAGGGUUCCCAAUGGUGGGAUUCUGCUUUGGCCAUCAGAUCUUGGCUAAGAACUUGGGUUCCAAGGUCAACAGAAACACAAAUGAGAAUGGCUGGGAGUGUGGCAUCACUACUAUUUCCUUGAACAAAAGCAUUCUUUCAGUGGAGAAGUCUCCCUUUGUUGACACUUUGGAUACCGAAGAUGGUAAUGUGCUCGAGCAUAUUAAUUUGGUAGAGUUCCAUAGGGACAUUGUCUAUGGCUUACCUCCAACCUCCAACGCUUCUUCGAAUUCUUUGGCGUCCCAAACAACCUUUCAAUCUAUUGGAAGCACUAACAAAUGUUCAAUUCAGGGUCUCGUGACGGAGUCCGGUCCCGUUAAGGUCCUCACCUUCCAAGGCCACCCCGAAUACUCCACUCGUUACGCCUUGAAACUUUUGGAGCUUACCCAUAGUAUUGGCAUGAUUGACAAGGCUACUUUCGAUCGACUGAGUUAUAAGACCAACAACUUGAUCAAUCAUGGCCCUGUUAUCGCCAACGUUGUUCUCAAAUUUUUCGAAGCCCACAGCUGA